AUGGCCAAAUUCUUGAUUGUCCUGUGUGCUUUAUUUGCCUGCGCUGUCGCUAAACCAGGUUUAAUUGCCCCCUUUGCUGCUCCAUUAGUCGAAGCACCUCUUGCCGCAGCUGCUGUUAACGCUCCAUUGGAUGCCGCUUAUGCCAGCAGCCGUCUUGACAUUAACCAGCGUUAUGGCGCCGCUUUAGUGCCCACAGCUUUUGCUGCUGCUCCAGCUAAACUUGUAGCCCCCGCACCAGUAGCUGCACCUUUGGCUGCCGCUCCAGUUGCUGCACCUCUAGCCGCUGCUCCAGCUAAACUUUUGGCGUCCGCUCCAGUAGCCGCUCCAUUAGCUGCUCCAGUCGCUACACCUCUUGCCUACGCCAAUCUUCCCCUGGAUGCCGCUUACGCCAGCAGCCGUCUUGACAUUAAUCAGCGUUAUGGCGCCGCUUUAGUGCCCACAGCUUUUGCUGCUGCUCCAGCUAAACUUGUAGCCCCCGCACCAGUAGCUGCACCUUUGGCUGCCGCUCCAGUUGCUGCACCUCUAGCCGCUGCUCCAGCUAAACUUUUGGCCUCCGCUCCAGUAGCCGCUCCAUUGGCUGCUCCAGUCGCCGCACCUCUUGCCUACGCCAAUCUUCCCCUGGAUGCCACUUACGCCAGCAGCCGUCUUGACAUUAAUCAGCGUUAUGGCGCCGCUUUAGUGCCCACAGCUUUUGCUGCUGCUCCAGCUAAACUUGUAGCCCCCGCACCAGUAGCUGCACCUUUGGCUGCCGCUCCAGCUAAACUUUUGGCCUCCGCUCCAGUAGCCGCUCCAUUGGCUUCUCCAGUCGCCGCACCUCUUGCCUACGCCAAUCUUCCCCUGGAUGCCGCUUACGCCAGCAGCCGUCUUGACAUUAAUCAGCGUUAUGGCGCCGCUUUAGUGCCCACAGCUUUUGCUGCUGCUCCAGCUAAACUUGUAGCCCCCGCACCAGUAGCUGCACCUUUGGCUGCCGCUCCAGUUGCUGCACCUCUAGCCGCUGCUCCAGCUAAACUUUUGGCGUCCGCUCCAGUAGCCGCUCCAUUAGCUGCUCCAGUCGCCACACCUCUUGCCUACGCCAAUCUUCCCCUGGAUGCCGCUUACGCCAGCAGCCGUCUUGACAUUAAUCAGCGUUAUGGCGCCGCUUUAGUGCCCACAGCUUUUGCUGCUGCUCCAGCUAAACUUGUAGCCCCCGCACCAGUAGCUGCACCCUUGGCUGCCGCUCCAGCUAAACUUUUGGCCUCCGCUCCAGUAGCCGCUCCAUUGGCUGCUCCAGUCGCCGCACCUCUUGCCUACGCCAAUCUUCCCCUGGAUGCCACUUACGCCAGCAGCCGUCUUGACAUUAAUCAGCGUUAUGGCGCCGCUUUAGUGCCCACAGCUUUUGCUGCUGCUCCAGCUAAACUUGUAGCCCCCGCACCAGUAGCUGCACCUUUGGCUGCCGCUCCAGUUGCUGCACCUCUAGCCGCUGCUCCAGCUAAACUUUUGGCGUCCGCUCCAGUAGCCGCUCCAUUGGCUGCUCCAGUCGCCGCACCUCUUGCCUACGCCAAUCUUCCCCUGGAUGCCGCUUACGCCAGCAGCCGUCUUGACAUUAAUCAGCGUUAUGGCGCCGCUUUAAUGCCCACAGCUUUUGCUGCUGCUCCAGCUAAACUUGUAGCCCCCGCACCAGUAGCUGCAUCUUUGGCUGCCGCUCCAGUUGCUGCACCUCUAGCCGCUGCUCCAGCUAAACUUUUGGCCUCCGCUCCAGUCGCCGCGGUAGCUGCUCCUCUGAAGUACACUGCGGCGACACCAGCUCUUUGGUAA